UUUCUUGGGGUUGGGAAACUCCAGACUUUUCAACAGUAGUGUAACUCGCAGCUUUAGAUGUGCAUUUAUGUUCUCCAAGACACUAGAGACACUGUUUUUGGGGAUUCAGUUUCAUUACGAUUCAUUGUCAAGGGCAAUAAAUUUGAAUUAGUGGGAUAUUUUACAUUCUCAGGCUUAAAGACUAUAUAUAGAAUAAAAAUGAAUAUAAGUCAUCCACAUGUUAUUGUGUAUAAUGUCAGCUACUUUUCUACUUGUGUUGUUUCCCAUUGCUGAUGUAAUUUGACAUCUGUCAUGCAUGAUGUCAUUGCAUUCCUUUCAUGUCAAUUAUUUACUUUUUCAGUCUCUCAGUGUUGUCUGCUCAUCAGUAUAACCUGGGCUGGUUUAUGAACCGGACCAGCAGAGCCUUGAACUGCCAGGAACAUCCAAACCCUUGGACCACAGAGAAACUGAACACCAAGUUCAAUCUUCUAGCAUCUGAAGAAGGAAGAGGAGAUCUCCAAGUGCUUUCAGUUGUAUCCAGUAGAAGAAUGAAGAGAUUCGGUCGAGUUGGACCUGACAGGCAUGAUAACCUUGAGCUUGAACUGACUGAUGGAAUCUCUAGUCUGUCAGUGCAGCCAAUCAUUGCUUCUCCAGUGUCCAUGACAUCAGUUAAAGAUGUGGGGCGGUCAGUCGCUCACCUGGCGUCUUAUGCAAGAGGCCGCUGGAGACAUGCUGCCCGCAAGUCUGUGAGAAAGAAACCCACAGAGGAAUAUGUAGGAAGCAAAUACAAGGGUCUGGCAAUGGAUGAAGACAAUGUAGAUGGACAGAAUAAGACCCAGCUGAAUAAAAGGCUUCUAGAUCACUUUCGAGUCCUUGCGGACAGCAAUAAAGACACAGAUGAGGUGGACCUGCAGUUUCUGAAUGAUGUCCUCACGAAUGGAGCUGACCCAAACUCAGCUGAUAAAUAUGGGCAAAUGGCCCUCCAUGAGAUCUCUCGGGCAUGGAACGUGGACGUGAUGCGUUUCUUCCUGGAAAGAGGGGCGGAUUUUCAGAGGGCCGAUGCUUUUGGAGUGACACCUCUUCACGUAGCCGCAGCUCUGGAUUAUGAGGAGAUGCUGCAGUUCCUGUUAGAAAGAGGAGGUGUGUUCAUGUGUGUUUAUCAGGGUUCAGCAAAAUGCAGAAUUUAAGAACUGGCUGUACGC